GAGUUGAAGAACUACGAUAAGCUAAAACUUGUGUGAUGGCAACAUUAAAAAUAUAGUUAAAAGGAAAAUAAUGUGUCAUUUGUGAAUUAAGUCAUAAUUUUCAAUAAGAAAAGGAAACUUCUUAGGCGUAGAAUUUAAUCUCAAGUUUUAAAAUAAUCGAAAAUGAUCCCUGCAGCAGAUGAAGCUCAAAUUUCGAAGCUGUUAACCAAAUAUAAAAAUAUUAACGCCACAAAGAAAGAUGUUAUUGACGUUGUUUCCACUUAUCGGUCCCUAGGAUAUAGUUUGCAAAAAUUUGUUUUCAACGAUGGCACCACAAAAGAACUAUUUAAUUUAGCUGGAACCAUACCUGUCGUGUAUAAAAAUAAUACUUACUACAUUCCCAUUUGCAUUUGGCUAAUGGACACUCAUCCUCAUAAUGCGCCUAUGUGUUUUGUCAAGCCAACACCAACAAUGCAUAUUAAAGUGUCAAUGUAUGUGGACCACAAUGGAAAAAUUUAUUUGCCAUACCUUCAUGACUGGCAACCGCACACGUCUGAUUUACUUUCUCUAAUUCAAGUUAUGAUAUUGACGUUUGGGGAUCACCCACCGGUAUUUUCAAAACCGAGAGAUCCGCUAUCAUAUUCCCAGGCUGCAUUUCCCAUAGCUGGAGGUGGAGGUUAUCUCCCUUAUCCUUCUGCUAACGCAGGUACUAGCGGAUCGAUUCCACCUUAUCCACCAGUAAAUAGCUUUGGACCAUAUGCAUCUUAUUCUACAGGGAGCAAUUCGACUGUUGCAAACGCCAGUGCCGUGCCAGGAAGUUAUCCCCCGUAUAUGAAUUUCCCACAAGUUCCUGGCUAUAAUUCAUGCUAUAAUUCUUCAACACCAAGUUCGACUGGAACAAUAACAGAGGAACAUAUUAAAGCAUCACUUAUUAGUGCAGUAGAAGACAAAUUACGACGUCGUCUUCAAGAAAAAGUAAACCAAUACCAAGCAGAAAUUGAAACCCUGAAUCGUACCAAACAGGAAUUGGUAGAGGGAAGCUUAAAAAUCGAUAAUGUUAUUUCACGGCUUAACAGAGAAGAAAUGGAACUUGAAAAAAAUGUCAGUAUCUUGCGCGAUAAAGAACAAGAGCUUGUGAAAUGUUUAGAAGCUUUUGAGAACAAUAAAGGUAUCGAUCCAGAUGAGGCUGUUACCACAACAGCGCCAAUAUAUAGGCAAUUACUAAAUGCAUAUGCUGAAGAAGCGGCUCUUGAGGAUGCAAUAUACUAUAUGGGUGAGGCCUUGCGAAGCAAUGUUAUUGACUUAGAAACAUUCUUGAAACAUGUACGUCAAUUAUCACGCAAGCAAUUCAUGCUUCGCGGUAUAAUGCAGAAGUGUAGGCAAAAAGCUGGACUCGCUGGCUAGAUAUUUACAAAUUACAAUAGGAACGAAAUAAGAUUAUUAAAGUAAAACGUCUUGAAAUCACACGAGCUAAUAAAUAGUUAUAUAUUAUACUAAGUUAUUUGUUUAAUGUUUAAAUAAAUAUCAACAAUGUUCCAGAAAAGUAGUGGAAUGGAAAUUAAAUGAA